AUGUUGCUACGCGGGCGCACAAGUUGCACCCACACCCGCCAUCCCCAUACCCCCACCCCACUGCUGCACCUGCAGCAGGGGAUGGAGGAGAAGGGGGGGGGGGGGGGCUGUGCAUGGCGCGUGCAGAGGGCAGCAGAGCGCACGAGGCGCACAGGGCAGCAGGGCGCACAGGGCAGCAGGGCAGCAGAGCGCGUGGGGUGCACAGAGCUGCAGGGCGCGCGGGGCGCACAGGGCAGCAGGGCAGCAGGGCGCACAGGGCUGCAGGGCAGCAGGGCGCGCGGGGCAAACAGGGCAGCAGGGCGCACAGGGCUGCAGGGCAGCAGGGCGCACAGGGCUGCAGGGCAGCAGGGCGCGCGGGGCGCGCAGGGCUGCAGUGCGCGCAGGGCGCGCAGGGCAGCAGGACAGCAGAGCGCACAGGGCUGCAGGGCGCACGGGGCGCAGCAGGGCUGCAGGGCGCGCGGGGCGCGCAGGGCAGCAGCAAGGGCUGUAGCGGCAACAGCAAGGGCUGUAGCGGCAGCAGCAGGGCAGCAGGGCGCACAGGGCUGCAGAGCAGCAGGGCGCACAGGGCUGCAGGGCAGCAGGGCGCGCGGGGCGCGCAGGGCUGCAGGGCACGCGGGGCGCACAGGGCUGCAGGGCGCGCGGGGCGCACAGGGCAGCAGGGCAGCAGGGCGCGCGGGGCGCGCAGGGCUGCAGUGCGCGCAGGGUGCGCAGGGCAGCAGCAAGGGCUGUAGCGGCAACAGCAAGGGCUGUAGCGGCAGCAGCAGGGCAGCAGGGAGCACAGGGCUGCAGGGCAGCAGGGCGCACAGGGCUGCAGGGCAGCAGGGCACGCGGGGCGCGCAGGGCAGCAGGACAGCAGGGCGCGCAGGGCUGCAGGGCGCGCGGGGCGCACAGGGCAGCAGGGCAGCAGGGCGCGCGGGGCGCAGCAGGGCUGCAGGGCGCGCGGGGCGCGCAGGGCAGCAGCAAGGGCUCUCCCCUCCCUCCCAACACAGGAUCCCCUCACCCCCACUGCUGCACCCGCAGCAGGGGUGGAGGAGAAAAGGGGCGGGGGGGGGGGGGGCUGGUGCUGCAGGUCCCCUCCCCCCACUGCCGCAUCCACAGCAGGGGGGGAUAGGAGAAGAGGGGGGGGGGGGGCUGGUGCUGCAGAUCCCCUCCCCCCCCACUGCUGCACCCGCAGCAGGGGGGAGGUAG